CGCCAUUAAAAAGGAGAAGAAGAUCAUCAAUAUGGCGGACAACGGCUGAUCGCAUACAUACUACACCCAUUCACGGAAAACAGUACGUACCCAUUUUGCCCUGUUGAGUACGUACCUACUGAAAUUGAGUACCUACUCAUUGAGUAUGCGAUUUGGGACGCAGCGCCAGGUUUCAGACAUACUAUUCGUUCGCCUACUGCUUUUCGCCUACUAUAUUGUAUGGCAGUAUGCGAUUUCGGAUUCAGCCUUAGUUUACGUCCCGUCGACUGACGUCACUUCCUCGGGCGGGGUUUAUUAUGAUGAUCAGUCUACUGAAGCUUCAGAGAGGAGAGGAGCAGCAGAAAGAGGGCGAGUGAAGAUACAGUCAGUGCAGGUGAACAGCUACAAUCUGCACCACGUGUCGCCAACAUGGAGGAGGACGAGCAUAAACAAGACUUUCUCUAUUGCGAAGAGUGUCAGUCAUUUUUCAUCGGUGAAUGUGACGUUCAUGGUGCUCCAUUGUUCAUUCCUGACACCCUUGUGCCUGUGGGGGCUGCAGACCGGGCCAGACUUACCCUUCCUGCUGGACUGGAGGUUCGGACAUCUGACAUUCCUAAUGCAGGACUCGGGGUGUUUAACCAGGGUGAGAUUCUUCCAAUCGGAGCACAUUUUGGCCCUUAUGAGGCAGAACCAAGCAAAAAGGAGGAAGCUGUCAGCAGUGGAUACUCGUUUGUGAUAUACAAGAGUAACAACUUGCAUGAAUAUGUAGAUGCCAGAAGGGAAACACACUCGAACUGGAUGAGGUAUGUAAAUUGUGCUCGCAGUGAAGAGGAACAAAAUCUGGUGGCAUUUCAGUAUGAAGGAGCGAUUCUGUACCGAUGUUGCCGGACAAUCAAAACUGGUGAAGAAUUGCUAGUCUGGUAUGGAGAGGAGUAUGCCAGAGGUUUUGACGUCACUUUUGACCAUCUGUGGAACACUAAAUGCUCUGACAGAGAGACCGGAUCAUGUCCAGUGUUUUCCUGCUCUGUGUGUUCAUUGUCAUACACGGCUCAAACGUAUCUCCACAAACAUAUGAGAAGAUGCCAUUCUGAGGAGUGUGACAAACUGCUGAAAUGUGGAGAGAUUAAGAAUGAGGACAUGGUACCUAAAACGACCUUGAAAACAGAAUAUGUAUCAUCUGAUAAUCUCUGCUCUGCCACCCAGAACGAACUAAAACACAGAGAAGAAGGCAAGGAGAAAACUCACCAUUGUGCAGAUUGUGGGAAGAGUUUCUCUCUGUUGAGUAGUCUCAGUAUACAUCAGCGCUCACACACAGGAGAGAAGCCGUAUCACUGUUCACAGUGUGGGAAGAGUUUCUCUCGGCCCUACGAUCUUCGUGUACACCAGCGUAUACACACAGGAGAGAAGCCGUAUUGCUGCAAACGGUGUGGGAAGAGUUUCGCUCAGUCAAGUCAUCUUAGUGUACACCAGCAAACACACACAGGAGAGAAGCCGUAUCACUGCACACAGUGUGGGAAGAGUUUCUCUCUGUUGAGUAGUCUCAGUAUACAUCAGCGCUCACACACAGGAGAGAAGCCGUAUCACUGUUCACAGUGUGGGAAGAGUUUCUCUCGGCCCUACGAUCUUCGUGUACACCAGCGUAUACACACAGGAGAGAAGCCGUAUUGCUGCAAACGGUGUGGGAAGAGUUUCGCUCAGUCAAGUCAUCUUAGUGUACACCAGCAAACACACACAGGAGAGAAGCCGUAUCACUGCACACAGUGUGGGAAGAGUUUCUCUCAGUGCAGUGAUCUUCGUGUACAUCAGCGUAUACACACAGGAGAGAAGCCGUAUCACUGCAAACAGUGUGGGAAGAGUUUCGCUCAGUCAAGUCAUCUUAGUGUACACCAGCAAACACACACAGGAGAGAAGCCUUAUCACUGCACACAGUGUGGGAAGAGUUUCUCUCGGUCAAGUACUCUUAGUGUACACCAGCAAACACACACAGGAGAGAAGCCUUAUCACUGCAAACAGUGUGGGAAGAGUUUCGCUCAGUCAAGUCAUCUUAGUGAACACCAGCAAACACACACUAAACCGUAUCACUGCACACAGUGUGGAAAGAAUUUUACCACAUUUAAUAGUCUCCAAAUACAUCAGCGAUUACACACAGGAGAGAAGGCGUAUCACUGCUUACAGUGUGGCAAGAGUUUCUCUCGGUCAGGCACUCUUAGUAGACACCAGCAAACACACACAGGAGAGAAGCCGUAUCACUGCUUACAGUGUGGCAAGAGUUUCUCUCGGUCAAGUCUUCUUAGUGAACACCAGCGUAUACACACAGGAGAGAAGCCAUAUCACUGCACACAGUGUGGGAAGAGUUUCACUCGGUUAAAAGAUUUUCGUGAACACCAGCGCAUACACACAGGAGAGAAGCCGUAUCACUGCCUACAGUGUGGAAAGAGUUUCUCUCGGUCAAAAGAUUUCCGCAUGCAUCAGCGCAUACACACAGGAGAGAAGCCGUAUCACUGCUCACAGUGUGGCAAGAGUUUCUCUUGUUUGACAAAUCUCAGUGUACACCAGCUCAUACACACAGGAGAGAAGCCUCAUCACUGUUCACAGUGUGGCAAGAGUUUCUCUCGGUCAAGUCUUCUUAGUGAACACCAGCGUAUACACACAGAAGUGAAGCCGUAUCACUGUGUACCAUGUGGAAAGGGUUUUACCAGGUUUGGUAACCUCAAAAGACACCAGCGAAAACACACAGAAGUCUCUCUUUGA